AAUACCAAUCAAAAAAACAAAGCAUUUUUAUUUGUAUAGCACUUUUAACAAAGGGCCUUUGUCACAAAGCAGCUUUACAGGGAAACCAGGCCCCAAGUGUAUGCCUAGGGUAACAGUGGCAAGGGAAAUCCUUGAGCAGAAGCUGACUCAGUAAGGGAACUGCUGGUUGACACCAGUUUGUUGAAAGAAUGGUUUUAAAUACAAACAGAUGAAUAAAAGUAUAUAAAUGUCCAAUUAAAAAGUCGAAGCAGAAAUGAGGCAGGAACUAUCAGGCAAGGGGACAGGCUUGGUGCUACAGCUGGCAGGAGGGAUGUGCAUGGUUGGUCUUGGGCUGGAGCUCCGGGCCAGGAGGGGGUGCUCAGGAAAAGUUGGGCUAGAGCUCCCUUUGCCCCUGCAUCGAUUACCGUGGCCUGAAUGACAUCACCAUGAAGAAUCACUACCCCAUCCCUCUCCUCAGCCUUCUCUUCCCUGCAGAAGUGUCAGUACUUACCAAGCUUGAUCUCCGCAACGCCUACCACCUGGUCCACAUCCGCAAGGGAGAUAAGUGGAAGACUGCUUUCAAUACCCCGAGUGGCCACUCACUUCGGGGCUGAGGCCAGCCACUGUGGAUUUCUGCUGUGGAACUCUGCCUACAGACACAGGAGGACAGGGAAACAUCCCUGAGAUGGUACGGCAAAGCUGUGUACGGUGCCUGAAAAACACUAUGUGUUUUCUCAACUUCCUGUGCUGGCUCUGUGGUGCAUUUGUGCUAGCGUUUGGGAUCUUCAUGAUGAUGAACUCCAGGUUUGGCUCACUCAUCAUCUCCUUCUGGCCGAUCUACCCAGCCAACACCCUGGUGGUCACCGGCACCAUCGUCACCUGUGUGUGCUACUUGGGUUUCUUGGGAGCCCUGCGAGAAAACCGCUGUAUGCUCAUAUCUUUCUUUAUUCUGCUGUUUGUCCUGAUGCUGGUGGAGUUAGCCAUGGCCUGUGUCAUGCUGGUGUUCAACAGAGAGAUAGACACAUUCUUUGAAAAGGAUCUACUGCGCAGCCUGGAAACAUACAAGGACUCAGAAACUGGCAACGAGACACUCAAGGAUGACUUUGAUGCAGUCCAAAGCAUUUUUAGGUGCUGUGGAGUCCAUGGUGUCUCUGACUGGGAAGGCCAUGUUCCCAUCUCCUGCUGUACCACAGAUCCCUGUGUUAGCUUCCCUCAGGAGAGCUGGCAAGAGGGCUGCCACAUGAAGCUGAGGAAUUGGUUUGCAAGGAACUUCCUAAGCACCGGAGCUGGAGUUGUCACCAUGUUCAUCAUUCAGUUCCUCUGCCUGUGUUUCACCAUUCCCUUGUUCUGUCGCCUCGGUCGGUCUGGGCUCGGAUACAAGUGAACACUAUUUCCACACACUCCUCCCUCCUACUGUCUGCAACCAAUCAGAGAUGUGUAUCCAGUGACCAGUCACAGAACAGUAUCUGGAUAAGUGUUUUAGCAUAAAAGGGAAACCCAUUCAUUAAAGAUAAAUUAAUGUGUCCCAAUCAUUGAUCAAAGCUUAAAAUGGGGGUAGAAAAGAAAUGAAAACAAGAAAACAAAUUCCUCUCAAAUUGCUGUUAUGUAUAUUCCUUGAUUAACGAUAGAGCAGAAAAUUAUUAAUUCAACUUAUUGGAGCAGAAUAAGUUAUUAGGCAGCAGCCCCAGAAAUCCCCAUUCUUGCUGCUGCACCGUAACAUAACACAACAUAGCCAUUCAGCCAAGGAGUACUUUCCAUUUUCCUACCACUAGAAUGUACCUAAUGCUUAGAUUAGCUAAAAACUAGACUAUAUGUACAUUAGCACCAUAUGAAGCUGCAGUUGUGCUGAAUGUGAACAGCACACGUCUAAAGAUGGAUUUGUGGUAGCUCGCCAAAAUCUGAGCCUUCUCAGAAUGCAAAAUUCAUCUGCACACUGCUUUAGAACAAAAUUUGUUUGUCAAACAUUUUUGCACUUCACCCCCCAGAAAUCGUGCGUGAUAUUUGAAUGGAAAUUAUUUAUCUCUUUACGUGAAAAGUAUUGUUCUUAUUGAGAUUACUUUUAUUGUAUUAAUUCAUUUUAUUCAUUUAUUUUAUUUGUUUAUUCAAACUUAGACUGUACUGUCAUUAAUAUUCAAAAUACCAAUAUUCAAACUGCAUUACAAUAGUAAUGUA